ACUGGGAAGGCAGAUCUCUGAGUCUAUAUAGUGAGUUCCAGGCCAGCUAGGCUACAUAGAAAGACUUUGUCUCAUAAAAAAAUUAAUAAAAAUUUAAAUAAAUUCAGAUUCUGCCCUUGGGGCUCAAUGAGGACAAGCCACUUCAGAGAGACUCUACAAAACAGGCUGAAUGAAGGGUGACACAGUUCAGGGCAGGCAUCUCUUGCCUUAGUCCUGGCCUCAGAGGCUGAACGAUAAGGCAGGAUGGGUAGAAGGCAGGGCUUGGGGAGGAACCAGCCUUGGCUCCACCCUUCCCACUUCAGAGCCAUGGGGAGCCCAGGUCCUGGUGGGUCACCCCUGGUGCAAGCACCCUACACUGUUCUGCUGCUGCCACUGGAGACAAGCCGCCAGGACCCAGGGGCCCAGAACUUCUUCCUCUGGCUGCAGAUGAUGCAGGCUCUGGAGAGGGAACAGGAUGCUCUGUGGCAAGGCCUGGAGCUGCUGGAGCAUGGCCAAGCCUGGUUUGCAGACCACCUAAGGGAGUCACAGCGACGACAGCUGCAUCUGGGGGCCCUUGGUGAGGAUUUCCUAAUGAGCUUAGACUCAGAGGCUGACUCCCCACAGCUAACCCAGAUUCAAAAGGUGAACGCUUGUUUGCGAAGUCUGGUUCAGAAGGUGAGCUUAUUGUUUUUAAUGUAUAGACUUUGGGGAGGUGGAAGGGGUUUGGAGUCAGAGUUGUCAAAGCAGCAUGAAGAAGUCACCCAGUCCACGGGAGAAGUGGCUCAGCCAGGCUACCCCCAGGGGCAGAGGGGCCCUACCCGUGUGUGAGUCCUUCCCUC